CUGGUAUCACAGUUGAUUUCAUUGGUUAUUGAAACUGUCAUGGACGAUACCUGUUAGCAGACUUCGUGUUUAUUCUUGUAGUUUUAGUUUCACAGUCAGUACUUCGUCAGCUUUUAAUAUUUUCACAAAACUGUUCUUUAAGAAGACAGAAGCCAAUAUGCCGUUAUUAAUCAGAGAUUACACCUGGGAAGAAACAGAGAAAAUGAUGUUUAUCACCGUUCCAUUGAAAGGUGUCCGAGCCAACAAAGUUGAUUUGUUGUCUUCAGAGGAAUUUAUUAAGGUCAGUUUUCCACCAUAUUUAUUUGAGUGUUUAUUACAUGCACCAGUGGAUGACCAAACAAGUACAGCUCAAAUAGGAAAUGGGGCUGUUGUGUUUAAACUGAAGAAACAAGAACCUGGAAUGUGGUACCAGCUCUCAAAAGAUGAAAUUGUUGACAAACAACUUAUUAAACAGAAGAAAGAAGAAGCCAUUCAAAAGAAUCAGGAGAGGGCAGAACAGAAUAGAAAAGAUAAGGCAGAGAAAAAGAGGGCAUCAGAAAAAUAUACAGUUAAUGAAAUGAUGAAGAUUGAAGACGAAGAUAGGAUGAGAAUAAGCAAUAUAAAAGAAUCUGAGAGGCAGAAAGCCACAGAGGAUUUAGAGAGAUGGAAAGAAGAACAAAGAGAAAUGGCUCAGGAGGAAAAACAAAGAAUAUUGGAGGAGAAAAUGGCAGAGGAAGCAAAGAAGAGAGAAGAAGAAAGAAAACAGAGAAAAAAGAAAGGAAAGAAUAUAUUUGAAGAGUCCGCUGAAGGUGCACCUAGGAGGGAGGUUGGUAAAAUAGAAGUGAAGUUCACUAAAAGGAUAUUUCCUACAGCUGCCAGAGAAUCACAGACUCCACAAGAAGAAGAGUGGUUGCAGAAACAAGCUGAUGCCAGGAAGGCAUUAGAGGUAGAGGAUUCAGAUUUAACAGAAGAAGAAAAGAAUCCAUUAUUCAUGAGAGAUAAGGCAAAUGAGUUUUUCAAAGCUGGUAAUUUCCAAGCAGCAGUAAAUGCCUAUACUACAGCACUUAGAUAUAGUCCAAAGAUGCCAUCAUUAUAUUCAAAUAGAGCUGCAUGUCAUUUGAAAUUAAGAAACUUUUUCAAGACCAUAGAAGAUUGUUCAAAGGCAAUAGACCUGCUUCAUCCACCAGUACCACAGAAUGCUGCCAGUAGAUUAAAAGCCAUGGUUAGAAAGGGAACAGCUUUCUGUCAACUAGAGUUGUAUGUAGAAGGUUUACAGGAUUAUGAAUGUGCUCUGAAAAUUGAUCCAAACAAUGAACAGUUAAAGGCUGAUGCAGAGAAAAUCAGGCAGAUUAUACAGAGUAGUACAGGGAGCUGAGGAAUAAAGGCAUGAGAAUCAGCGAAUGAUACCAGAAAUGUUCAGUUUAAGUGAAGGACCAACAACCAGAUCUAUAUUAACAAAAGCAGGAUGGCUUAUACUGGUAAUUGGAGCAGCUUUGAAUUUUCAAUUGCUGAAAGAAUUGAGUUUACAAAUAUUAUUACGAUUAAUUAUCAGAGUGUAUUCAAAGGAACCUGUACAAAAGAUUUGCUAUUGAUGACAUGAGAAUGGAUAUAUUAUGUAUAAAAUUGUUUUUAAAUGGAUAUUUUAUAAGGAACAGAAAUGUUAUUCAUUGCAGUUUUUGAAAGUAAUUGAAACGAUUCAAGUGACAUCUAGGAAUUCGGAUUACAUGAUUUAUUUUUGAAUGGAUUAUGACAUGUUGUAUAGACAAUGAAAGCUUACAUUUCAUGUGUAUUUGUAAAGAAAAUUUGAAUUUAAGUCUGGUCACUAAAAACACCAGUUUGUAAGAGACUGAAGGCUGCUUUGUAUCAAUUUGUUUACAAUUUGAUUUAUACAAUAACUCCAUUUAGCAUUAUUUAUUCAAAAAUUAUAUGACUGAUUUGAAAACGUGAGUUUCUUUUGAUGGUCAUCAGUUUGUUUUAUUCAGAGUUUAUGAAUUUAUUGAACAUAUAAGUACCCAAAACAAAGCAUUUUUAUUCAUAUCUAAAAGGGAUAUGUUGAUUGUUCAUUCAUUAUAGUUAAAUCUUACAUUUUUGUCAAUUGUUCAACAAUAUUUGUUGAAAAAAUCAUACCGUCCAAAUAUUUGUA